GCCGUGGAGGGCAACAUGGACAACUUCAUGGUUCAGAUUAAGAAUUUAGCCCAGUCUCUGUACCCGUGUUCCACACAGAAGAUGGACCAAGACAUGAAGUUACACUUUUUAAAGAACGCGUCCGUGACCUGUAACGACGGGUCACCAGCGGGGUACUACAUCAAAGAAUCUAAAGGCAGCAAGAGGUGGCUGGUGUUCUUAGAGGGAGGAUGGUACUGUUUCAACAAGCAAACCUGUGAUGGCAGGUACGAGACCCUGAGGAGACUGAUGAGCUCCACCAAGUGGCCACAUACCAAAACAGGAACAGGGAUUUUGUCCCCUCAACCAGAGGAAAACCCACACUGGUGGAACGCCAACAUGGUGUUCAUCCCUUACUGCUCCAGUGACGUGUGGAGUGGAACUACAGCAAAGACAAACCACAGUGACUAUGCCUUCAUGGGCUCUCUGAUUAUCAAGGAGGUGUUGAAUGAACUUCUAACUAAAGGUCUGGACAAUGCCAAGCUUCUGCUUCUGGCAGGUAGCAGUGCGGGUGGCACAGGUGUCCUGCUAAAUGUGGACCGCGUUGCUGAACAGCUGAGGUCUCAGGGUUUCCCCGGGGUUCGAGUCAGGGGCUUGGCUGACUCUGGCUGGUUUCUGGACAACAAACAGUACAGAUUUACUGACUGCUUGGACACCAUUAACUGUGCACCCACUGAAGCCAUAAAGAGAGGCAUCAGGUACUGGCGUGCACUGGUGCCAGAAAACUGCAGGCAAGCUCACGUCAGGGAAGAAUGGAGCUGCUUCUUUGGGUAUAAAGUUUACCCCACUCUAAAAAGUCCUGUGUUUGUGGUGCAGUGGCUGUUUGAUGAGGCGCAGUUGAUGGUUGACAACAUCCACCUGACAGGACAGCCCGUCCAUGAAGGCCAGUGGAGAUACAUCCAAACCCUGGGGCAUGAGCUGAGGAACACACUCCGUGAAGUACCGGCGAUGUUUGCUCCAGCCUGCUUAUCUCAUGAGCUCAUCACCAGAAGCUACUGGAUGGACAUCCAAGUGAAAGGAACCUCCCUGCCCCGAGCCCUCCACUGCUGGGAUCGUAGUCUCCAAGCCAACGUCUGCAACAACAGUAGCCAUGGUGACCACAAUCACCAAAACCACAAGCCCCCGCCCAUCAGAGGUUGCCCCCAACAUUUGAUUGACAGCUGCCCGUGGCCACAUUGUAACCCCACCUGCCCGACAAUACGGGACCAGCUAACAGGCCAGGAGAUGAGUGUGAUCCAGUUCCUGAAGCAUAUGGGCUUUGACGUGCAGAAGAUGGCCCAGCAGCAGGGGAUGGACCCGGGCAAGUUACUGGGAAUGCUCAACAACGGCAACUGA